GCUGACUUCGCACGAUUCGUCAACGCCUUAUAAGCCCAUUCACUUUUUAAUCUCCCUAAGUUCUAACCUACCAGCCAAUACUCGAAUCAAGCUUUUUACUUACCAUACCCUCAUUGACAUUUAAUACAUUAUCAUCAUCAAUUUUUUGUUCAACUUCACACCAUCAUGCGUGUAUCCUAUUCCUUGGUUUCUACCGUCAUUUUACUUGCGGGCCAAUCUCAGUCUGCCCCGAUCCUCGGCCUGGAUGGCGGGCUGCUGAGCACCAACCUCCAGCCCCUCAGCGGCCUGACACACACCAUCAAGGGUGUUCCUGUCGCGGGUCAAUUGACCAACGGUCUACUCGGAGAAUUCAAGGAUGGCGCCAGCGCUGGAUUGCUCACGACUGACGGUCCAGACGGAGGUUCCAAACUUGCUGAGGUGCUCGAAGUCUCAAAACCUGACAGUUUGGUCGAAGGCUCCAAAUCUGGCGACUUAUUAACCCUCUCUGGAUACAACGGUAGAGAUUCCCUCCUUGAGACGCAUGGCUUGUUUGGAAAAUCGCCACUCAAGAAGCGCUUUAGCUUACCACUGAUUGGUGAAGUGGGAGUUUUCGAUGGAUUCACAACUAAAGCGAAGUCGAUGGCCUCCGACCUAGGCUCCAAACUUAGUGGGAUCCUUCGUAGACGUUCUACACUGCCUAGUUUGCCCUCGCCGACGUCAGCUCUCGGCAACAUGCCGUUUGUUGGCUACAUCCCCGGUAUGCCAAGCCUGCCAGCGAUGAGCACCUUGCCGUUCGUCCGCAGCAUCCCUGGGCUGGGACUGGUCCCCGGCCUUGGAAGCACCACGGCUGCCAGUGGCCUCGGUGCCACAGCUAACAACAUAGCUAGCGCCCAUAGGACUGCUACCGAAGCUGCUCUGGAUGGUCCAAUGAAUAGCAUAAAUUCGGCCUUCCUCGGGACCUGGGGUGGCUUCAGCAAGGCCCCUACCGCUGUGGAUUCUUUUUUUUGA